UUUUUGUUAUUUUUCUUAAUAUGGCGUCUACGUUUAUUCUAAGCUAUCGUUUUCAUCUGAUAUGCUUUAUGUGUAAGAGAAAUCGACAUGAGUACGACCAGUGAGGAUUUAAGUUUGAGUAUCUAUAAGUAUAGAUCUAAGAAAGGUAAACGUGAUCCGUUAUUCUUUCUACCAUCUUUCCGACGAGAAUCCGACGAGACCGCUCCAAACAUAGUCAUCGAAGUAGACGAGGAAAAUCGACAGAAAACUUACGCGGUGUUGCAAGAAAGGAGACUAGAUUUUGCACACAACAAGCUACGAUAUGCCCUGAUUAUAUACUGCAACCCAAUAUGGAACCUUUUGGUUCUCUCGACGAUAAUAUUGAAUUACAUAGCGGAGACAUGUCUGUACACUUUUAUCGAAGAACUGGACAAGAACCUGUGGCUUUUGAUGUUAGGAGUUUUUCUCAACUUCGUUUACAUUUUUGACGUCGUUUUUGUCGUUGGAUUAAAAUUUUUUGAGAAGUGGCGAAAAACCCUGAACUUGGUGGAGCCGAGCACAAAACGAGUAAUUUUCGAUAUAGUUUUGGCGUUACCGUACACCUUUCUUUACUUCAUAAGAUCGACAAAUCACUGUUACAACGAUUUCUACGCUGUCGCUCCUAUAAUGGCUACCGCAAGAGUGUACCGAAUUAUUGAGUACUGCUGCAAAAAGUCAUCGGAAGCUGGAACUAAUCAAUGGACGACCUUUCUUGCUCAGUACCUGACACUAUUCAUUAUAUCUGUGCACACUUGGUCGUGUAUUUGGUACAUGUAUUCCUACAAGAAUUUUCACAUACAUCGUAUUCGAUCGUCUUGGGCUUUCAAAGCGAUGUAUAUGCCAGUUCAGACAGUCUUCGACUGGUAUUUUGUUUGCGCCUACUGGUCCGUCAUGUUCUUUACUACAAAUGCUCUGGGUGAUAUAUAUCCAGUUACAUCAAAAAAAAGAGUUACAGCAACCAUGGCUAUACUGAUAGGAUUUUUACUAACUACAGUUGUUUUCGUCGGAUCGUUAACGUCCCUUUUUAUUACCAUCACAACGCGACGUUCAAGAUACGUUCGUCAAAUGAGAAAAAUAAAAAAUCAUCUGGAAUUAAUCAAAAUGGAUGAUGAUACUAGCAAACGAAUACUCAGAUACUACAAUGAUUUAUGGUAUCAGAAGUCUGGAGUCUUCAAACCGAAACUCAUAAAAUUGUUGCCUGCGCCUUUGAAGAUGGAAAUAUUCUACGAUCUAAACGCUGUGCCUCUGUUCAGUUCUCUAAUAUUCAGGAAGCUUCCCGAAGCAUUUCUGAGAAGGCUGUCAGUAAUAAUGAAUCACCAGUUUUAUUUACCUGGGGACAUCGUCUAUAACUAUAAUCAAAACAAGAACAGUAUGGUGUGUGUCACAAAUGGCGUUCUUGAGUUAAUGUCGGACGAGGACGAUGAAAGCCCUAUGAUAUCGUUUACAAAAGGGACAUGUUUUGGUGAAAUAACCCUCAUCUACAAUAUACCAUCACGAUGCACAGUUAAAGCCGCAACGUAUCUUGAAUGUCAAGUUCUCGAUAAGACAGACUUUACCAAGUUAAUGAUAACGUAUCCUGACAUCUUCGAAGAAGUUCGCAAUGAAAUACAGGAGCGCAUACGAAAGUGUCAAGUAAGAAAACAAAGGAAGGAUAACGAAGAAAGUUUGUCACUUAAUAUAUACGCAUCAAAAGGCCAUAAGAAGAGCAGCAUUAAAUGUCUUAAGGAUAAAUUAAGAUAUUUGCAAGGUUUCACUGAUACAGAUAACCUUACCGAUGAGGAUAGGCUAGACGAGAGUUGUUUAAAUCUCUACAUGAUAUCUGAACACGUCAAAAAAAGAAAAGAUAUAUUUACGUUUGUAAAUUCAAAGUUCCCUUUCAUUCUAGAAGCCGAUUGUCCUCUUGUCUUAUUCUGGCAAAUCUACAUGCUUGUCAUUGUUCUCUACAUAUCAUUAUUUUAUCCAUAUUGCAUUGGUAUCGAAAGAUCUUUUCCUGGUGGUCUAUCGCUGUAUAUAGAAGUCGUUAUAUCAUUGUCAUUAUUUAUCAAUGUAAUAUUAACGACGUCAACUGCUGUUAAAACUAAAAAGAAGUACAUCACAAAUUUUAGAGAAAUAUUAAAUUACCGAAUGGGAACAGUAGGAUUUUAUUUGGAUUUGUUUGCUAUUAUUCCAACUGAGUAUAUAGUCACAAUACAUACCAAUACGCCAUACUAUAAUCCCUACAAGGAACACUUCUUCUAUGCAAGCAAAGGCACCAAGAUGGUUCUUAUUUGGAGGUUGACUAGUUUUUUCGAAAAAUAUGAAAAAAGAUUACUGUCUUAUUCAAUUUCGACAAAGAUUAUCAAAUAUUGUGUUUACAUAAUAUUGAUAUGCUACUGGUCUGGAAUUUUGUUAUAUAUGGAAUCAUGUUUCGUGGGUAGAUGCUCGGAUGGUUCGUGGUUUGAUAGAGCUCUGAUGACGCUAAGUAAGGAGAAAAUGCAGAGGAAGAUCCAGUAUCCUUUGCUGACGUCCAUAUACUUUGCGACUACGACCAUCUUGUCUGUGGGUUUCGGUGACUUUAUCCCCACUGACCAUUACGACAUGGCUCUCAUAGCGUUCAUGAGCCUGUAUGGAGUUUUAUUUAUUGGCUAUUGCGUAUCGGAAUUCUCAGCCAUAAUUACGCAUUAUUCACGCACCAAAACCGCUUUUCUGGAAGUGAUCAUAACUAUGGAUAAAUUCAUGAGAGAAAAUCACAUGCAUCCGGCGAUAAAAUCAAGGAUUAUGUCAUUUUAUGAAUUACAGUGGCAGUACAAUUCGGGAGUUGAAUUGACGGGAGAAAAUUGGUUGGAAAAAACCAUAGUACCGUCCGAAUUGCGAAAAAAGGUCCUACAUCAAGCGAGGUUCAAAACGCUCACAUCAAUAAAGUUCUUUCAGGUCAAAAACAAAGCGUACAUUCAUACCCUCACAGAAUCGGCCCGAGACAUAAUCCUCCCGCCGGGGGAGAUAGUCUACUACGGCGGGACGGUCACGAGGGAGCUGUAUAUAAUCGAGAGCGGGUACUGCGUGAUGACGUCGCGGGAGACGAACCGUGUCAUUGGCCCCGGCAACCAUCUGGGCCUGCUAGUGCUGUUGUACGGCGUGCCAGCCGUCAACACGGUCGUUACGCUGACACAUUGUAAACUAAUAAGUAUCAACCAUUUUGCAUACACGAGCGCAUUGAAUAUGUUUCCUGAGAUGCGUGAACAUGAAAACCUAUUAACACCAGAGGAAUUGAAUACUAUAGAAGAAAUAGCAAGAACUGAAAAUACGGACGGUGAUGGGAAGAAACAUAAUUUUUUAAUACAAAAAUUGGAUAUGAAACGCAUAACUAAUAUUUUGCAAGAAUUUUUCGAUAGUUCAUUCAUCUACUUAGUAAAAUAUUAUAGACAGAGGGGAGAAAGCUAUAGAAGAUCAUAUGACAAAUUUAAAUACUUUAAAAUUAUAGCUUUUUACCUCUUAAUGCCUAUUGCGAUUCGACCUGAUGGAAUAUUUAUAAAAGUUUGGGCUAACGUUCGAGUAAUAACGGCUUAUGUGCUAAGCCUGUUGAUUCCGAUAAUUGUUUCGAUGGCACCAUCUUUCUGUUACUUCGACAACACCAUUUUAGCUCUUGAAAUUUUAUGUUACAUCGAUAUGUAUCUAAUGCUUCAUGUCGCUUAUUAUGGACCUGAAAACCAACUUAUUUUUCAUCCAUAUUUGACAGCGAAACACUAUUUGAAGGCUACGUUCAUCAUAGACUUCCUUACAUCCUUUCCGUGGUACGUCAUAUGGCAAGCCACUGUCAGUAAAAACAUAGAUGGUGAAGUGAGCUCUGACUAUCGCAUGAAGAGCCACAUCUACUUUUGUGCGGUUAGGAUGAUAAACGUAUUGCAAGUUUACAAGCUCUAUGCGGCGUUUUGGGCGGAGUCAAUUGCAGCUCUGAAACGGGCGUAUCUCAUGAGCGUAGUACAAUUUUUUCUUCUAACUAUAUUCUUCUUGAACCUCUACGCAUCCACAUUGAUAAUGUUAACAUGUAAAUACGUGUUGGGGACUGACAAAAAUCAAUUUACUAAGACGAUUGCAAAAUUUCUUCUGGAAAACAGAAAUUAUAAGAUACCAGAAUAUCGCAAAGGACAAAGCAUGAUUUGUUUGAAAGGAUCUUGGAUCGACAGCGCCAACAUAUUCAAGUCGAGCUACUUGACUCCGAUCAAAGUAUACCUAUUGGCUUACUAUUGGACGGCUGCGAGUUUCACCAGUGCGGGAUUCGGUGACAUCAGCGCCCAAGACACCACCCACAUGAUCAUGUCCAUAUGUAUCAUCGUACAUGGCGUUUUAUACUUCGGAUACGUCUACGCUAGAAUAGCGUCGCUGAAAGCAGUCGCGGAUACCGUGCUGACAAAGUUUCAAGAAGAUUUAAAACAUCUCACUUUGUUUUUGAAUCACGAAAAAGUACCGUUCGAUCUGAAGAGAAUUAUCAUUGAUUUUUGGAAAUAUCAAUGGAAACGCACUGGUGGUUGGUCGCAUCAAAAAAUAUUGGGAAAACUACAUUCAAAUUUAAACGAAGACGCAGUUUUAUACAUGUAUGAACAUACUCUACGAGACAUUCCCUUGUUUGAGGGUGUCGAGUACUCUUUCUUCAGAGCCUUCGCGAAACAGCUAAAGGAAUGUUAUAUGCAGAAGGGCUACAUGGUUCUCAGAGCAAACGAAGUUAUUAGCAACAUGUAUAUAAUUUACCGAGGAAAGGUGGAUAUUAUCAACGAAUGCAAUGAAGUAGAAGCGUGCAUGGGUCCUGGAGGUAUAUUCGGUAAUAUAAAAGGCAUGCCGAGGUAUCUAACAAAAUCAAACGUCGUAGCUUCAAGGAAUAUAGAUUUACUUUACAUCGAUGGAAUAGAUUUCUACUUACUUUUAAGGAGUUAUCCGUCCGUUUUGAGAAAAGUUAAAUAUUCAGUGGACUCGGCACAAAAGGACUAUGUAUUGCCAACUAUGAUGUCAGCCGAAACGACUUCUGAGGUUCAGGGCGAACAUUAUUCUCCUGCAGUCGAAGAAGAAAAGAACUCGGAAGACGAGGAAGAUGAAGGCUACAUGGACAGUCCUAAUCGAAGUAUCGCAGAGUCGCACGGAUCUCGAUCUGUUACUUCUAUAUCAGGAGCAGACUACACCCUAUCCAUCUGGCUAAUAUUCUUGCCUCAUCGAUGGUUCAGAAGGAGUGUAAUACCUGAUUCUAUGUGGAUAAUUUUUAUGGACUACUUGAUCAUUGUGAUGUCCUACGCAGACUUUAUGAUGCUAGUGUACCAAAUAGCGUUUCAGUCCAAUGAGUACUUCUUCUACAUAUGCGCUGUGUUCGACAGUAUAUUCCUAUACAAGCUGUUCCUUGAUAUCCACACUGGUUACGUUAAUAGAUACGGCGAAUAUGUUUUGAACCCGAAAAAAGUUAGGAAGAUGUACUUCUCCAAAACCUACCUCCGAAGACGUGACUUCCUAGCGAACUUACCGCUAUGCUAUUUUGUCUUUGCGACGAGCCUCCACCCGAACACACAACACACGCUAUUCGUGUACUUGAGGUCGCCGCAACUUUUUCGAGUGUCCUACUUGUUUACGUAUCGACAACACAGAAAAACAAAUAUUGGAUCGGCAAACUUAUUUCUCAAGCUAGCCACAAUCGCCACAUGGACCUCACUACUUACGCACGUCAAUGCCUGCCUGUUCUUCAAACUCUCCUGUCUUACCCCCGUACAAUGUGUCUCUGAAAAUUGGAUGGUCAAACCUGAACUUAACUUACGAAACACUUACAUUGAGGGUAGAUAUUUCGCGAUCUACAUCACCUCGCUCUGGUACAUCAUCAACUUGCUGUCCAUCACCGGUACUGGAGACGUCUCAUCGCGUAACGACUUCGAAGUCAUCGAGACUAUCAUUAUAACAGUGACCAUAAAGUUUUGCGCGGGUCUACUAAUAUCGGAGAUAUCAUCACUAAUAACCGCCCACUCGUCAUCCCGAAUCGCUUACGACUACGGCAUCAACGAGCUACGAGACGGUUUGAGAGACACUGACUUAAGCGAACACCAGAUGAACAAGAUGUGGGACUACGUGAGAAAACUGUGGAACAGACAGCAGGGCAGACAGAUGCCUAAACUAGUCCACGAGCUACCAUUUCGUCUCCGUUGCCAACUCAUGCAAGAGAUAUAUGGCGCUCAUAUCAGAGAUUCCAUAAUAUUCAGACAUACCGACGACGACUUCAAGAGAAUGGUGACGACUUAUCUUCGACAUUGCGUGUUCUUCCCCGGCAAUUACAUAGUGCAGAGGGGGGACGCUGAUCAGUGCAUAUACUUUAUACAUAGAGGGGAAGUCGAAGUAUUGACGGUUCAUCAGAAUUUAACGGAAUCUAUUUAUGAUGUGCUUGGCCCCGAAGACAGCUUUGGUGUUGCUCAAGGCCUGUACAUAGGAGUGGUACAUUACUUCUCAUUCCGUGCAAGAACUGUUGUGGAUGUGGUUUAUUUGAAGUUAGACGAAUGGAAGUAUCUCAUGGACUUCUAUCCUAAAUCAGCCAAAGUAGUCCAAAAGAAAGUCCAUAAUGUAUAUUUAGCCCUUUAAAAAUCCUAACAUUUGAUUUUAUUAGCAGAAAAGAUGUAGCAUUUACAUUUAAGAAUUAUUGUUUAUACCAUCAAGGAAGUUGAUUCCUAUGCAAUUG